AUGCUCAACACCAUGCGAUCAGGUCGACAGUCUGGCGACCUCGAGAAGGAUGAAACAGCUCAGCAGGAGAGUUUCGAGUCCGGAACUCCGCCCAAUGAGACAGAGAAGGGACUCGAGGUUGCAAAAACAAGGAGUAGAGCACCUGUUGUGCACGAAAAGAUGAACACUCGUCUCUUCUUGACUCUGACGUGCAUGUCCUUCUUGUGGGUGGGAUCGCAGAUACCUCUUUUCCUCUUCGGCUCAGUACUCCCUUCGAUGUACCAGGACAUUGGCGGGGUUGAUCGAUGGGUAUGGUUUGUAGUCAGCUACCUCAUCCCCAACGCUGCUCUCUGCCCCUUUGUUGGGGCACUCUCGGACAUAUACGGGAGACAGAAGGUAGCCAUUGUUGGGCAGAUGAUGCUGAUCAUUGGUCCCAUCAUCACAUCGACUGCAACCUCCAUGAACAUUGCUAUCGCCGGGAAUGUGUUUUCAGGCAUCGGAGCUGGACUGAACGAACUGAUAGCCCUUGCUGGCACUGCCGAGGUCGUGCCAGUCAAGGAUCGUGGCAAGUACGUUGGCUUGGUCGUCUUGACCAUCUUGCCUUUCUGUCCGUCUGUGCUAUGGGCUCAAUUGAUUACGAGAGCGAGCAACUGGCGGUACAACGGCAUCCUCGUGGGCGUAUGGAAUUUCAUUGGUCUGUUACUCUGCGUCUUCUGCUACAGAGACCCCUCGCGCUUGACGGAAGAGUACACGUUUCGCCAUGUGCUGAGGGAACUUGACUACAUCGGUGGAUUCCUCAGCACAAUCGGCAUCACGCUUUUCAUGAUGGGCCUUCAGUGGGGAUCAGCACAGUACGACUGGGGAAGCGCUCACAACCUAGCACCACUACUAAUUGGCAUCGCCUUCAUCAUUGCCUUCUUCGUUUGGCAAGUCUACGCACCACAUCCCAUAGUACCUCGAGCGCUUUUCCGCAAAUCCAAGAAGACCAUGAUUAUCAUCCUCUUCAUCACGUUCCUGAGUGGUGGCAACUUCUUCGUCUUGCUGCUCAUGUGGCCCACUGAGAUUUACAACGUUUACGGCGACGAUCAUAUUGGAGUCGGUGUCCGGUCGCUCCCCAUCGGGUUCGGCAUUAUCGGCGGCGCAGUCAUCUGCUUGGUACUCAUCCCCAUCACAAAGGGCCGCAUACGAUUCCUCAUGAUCUUCUUCACUGGAAUGAUGACAGCUGGUACUGGCGCCAUGUCCAUCGCUAGUCCAGACAACCUCGAUACUGUUUACGCAGUCCUGACUAUUGCUUCAAUCGGUGUCGGAGGAGUCAUCAUACCCUGUUCCAUCAUUGCGCAGAUCGCCUGCCCAGACGACCUAAUCGCCACCAUCACCGCCAUUACCCUUAGCAUUCGUUAUAUUGGCGGUGCCAUUGGUUUCGCCGUUUACUACAAUCUUUUCUACUCCAAGGUCACCGAGCACCUGACAGACCUGGUUGCAACAAAACUCAUUGCUUACAAAGGCAUCAUUAACCCCCUAACUGCUGCAGGCCUCGCAACAAUCACCCAUGUUACCGAGCUCAUGGGUACCGCACAGUUCGAACAAGCAAAGCAGCUUCUCGCAACCGAUCCGCAAGUCCUGCAGAGAGAUGCAUUCCCGCAAAUCUUACGCGCGACACAAGAGGCCAUGGCGCUCGCCUACAGGUGGCCGUACUGGUGCUCAAUUGCCUUUGGAGGCACAUGCUUCGUUUUGAGUUUCUUCCUUGGAGACAUUGAUCAGCUGCUCGAUGCUCACAUUGCACAUCCGGUCACAGACUAA